CUUUCAUUGUCGCAGCUACGCCAUCGCAGGCUUCAAUCGCUUCGGCGCAAACGCCGCCAUUCAUUCCUUGUUUGUUUUGUUUUCUCGAACCCCCCCCGUUCGGCCAUGCUUCAAGGCCUCAUCCGUUCUCUAUGACAAACCGCGAACCACUUUUGACGAACCACUUUUCCCGGUGAUAUAUAUACGAGCAAUGCUGCACCUCCACUCUCUCUUUUCAGCGCUUACGCUGGCGAGCCCUGCGCUCGCAGCUUCAAUCCCUCGCAGCAGCAGCGGCUCCGCGCCUUACUCUUCAACCACCACAAUCUGGGCGACCCCCCACGAGCAAUACUCGUCCUCCGUCGGCGUCUUGGGCUGCAAGGUCAACACCAACCGCGUCGCCUACUGGCCCGAAUCCGUCGACUGCUCCAACAUCUGCGUGUCCGUUUCGUAUCAGGACCGCCAGGUCUACCUCCUCCGCGUCGACCAAUCCCAGGGCGCGCACGACAUGAGCUACGAUGCCUGGAACUAUCUCGUCACCGGCUACUCGGCCACGAAAAAGCCCGUUGCGGGAGGCCCCAUGGAGAUGACUGCGGAAAAUGCCGACAUGUCCAACUGCGCCGACCUGAUUCACACAAAGGGCAGCAAGCUCCCCCUCAGCGCGGCAAACAGCAUGAACUUUCUAUUCAGCUGUCUGCAGCAGGAGAGUUCUUGGGUUGCAGGCAACUACGUUUUAUACAACAUCAUGGAUGCAAUAUGCACUGUUGGCCAGGACCAGACCUGUACCUUGGACCCGCCCAACAACCAGCCAACCUGUCCAGGCACCCUAGGCUUGCCCGACAAGCUCACAAGCGACCCCGUCUGGAACAUCCAGUAUCCUUCCGGCGACAAGGUCCUUGCCGGAGCACCGCCAACUGUCCCAACGGGCGUGCCUGUUCCAGCACCGGCGCCUUCUACCACCAAUGACGACGAGAGCGCUGCAUGGAGCCCCAGGUGCCGGGACUCUCUCCUCUGGAUACCAGUCCUUUCAUCAAUUUCCGUUAUAUAUACGUGGAUGUUGUGGUAAUUAUUAUGAAGAAAAGCAAUACCCCGGCGAGGGAACUUAUGUCUUGGAUAUGACGUUUAUUUCUUGAUACCCCCCAUUGUUCAUAUUCUCUUGUAUAUUUUAGUGCCACUUUAUGGACUCAUGACAGGUUCAUCAAGAUUUAUUUACUUGAUCUCAAUUAUUUACUUAGUCAAUCAUUCAUUCAUUCAUUCAUUUAUUUCAUUUCAUGUAAUGCUGUACUUAAAACUAUAUCAGGGGUAUCUUGGUUAAUUCUUCCUCAUGCUUUGCACAACUUGGCCGCUGACUCGUCUAAUCCGUAUAUAUGCUCCUCGUCCCCUGGAACUCCCACCUGAAAGCCGGUAGCCAUGCCCGUUCCCAUGUGUACCAACAUAUGGCAAUGCAGCAUCCACAUUCCGGGAUUGUCAGCAACGAAGCUGAGUACCACAUGUCCCUUCCUCGGUACGCUAACAGUGUCUUUUCGAAGAGGCUUCUCUCGAUUCCACUCGCCCGGAGAAUCGCUUUCCGGGGUUGCAUAAGGGUUAUAGCUGCCCAGGCUGCCGCUUUCAGCGCGGAACGAGGACAGCACAUGGAACGAGUAUCCGUGAAGGUGGAACGGGUGAGAGCCAUCGUCGAGGUUGUUAAUCACAAGCUUGACUCUGGUUGGUUUUGAUCCACUAGGAAUAAAGGGAAUGAGCUGCUUAUCAUCCCACGAUGAACGAUUCUGUGAGAGCAGUGGCAGCGACUGGGGAUGCCAUGAUGUAUGGUUAAUAAACCCAAGAGGAAUGUUCCCAUUCACUGAGAGCGUCUGGGUUGAGGCAUAGAGCAGAAUUGUCUGUUCCUCAUCCGCAGUGACAAUAUGAGAUGGUUCUUCUGUUGAAGAGAGCGUGGCAAGAUCCAUGUGGUGAUCGCGAAAUUUCAAGGGGGACGCAUAUUCCCUAUCGUGACCGGUUACGGUUUUCGGAAGCGCGGGAAAGGUAUGGUUCGGGUUUAAAGCGGGAUUUCCAAAGCCGAGAUUUUCAUGGUCUAGAUAGACAUUGAACCACGGCUCUGCGGCCUGAUCGCUCUUCCACUUCAGAAGCAGGUCAACCCUCUCGCCAGGAUAUAGGGUUCCGACAGAAUCACCGGCCUUGGCAUCAACCUUGCAGCCUCCGUCUACUUGCAACGGCUGGAGCGAUGCACCAUCAACUCCCAGCGUCAAGCCUGCGACUGUGCCCGUAUUCACCACCCUGAGACGCGUUUCUCCGGCAGACUUUUUGAUCAGAGGUGGGAAGUCGCUCAGAGCUGUGGCCUUGCAAUGGACAGGCCUAGCUGGGACGGCCAUUGAGCAAUCGUAUCGACCAC